UCGAGAAUAAUAAUAAGCCUUUAAAAUCUCAUCAAAAAACCCCCAAUUUCAUUGCUACGCGCAUCAUGGCCUUUCACGUCGCCUGCCCAAUUACAUGUCGUAAAAUCUGCUACUGCUCGCUAGGGUUUCCACACGACUUGCAGAACGAUGACCGAAAAAACGGUUUUCUGGAUGAAAUCGCCAGAUUGAAAGCGUUUCUGGAGGAUCCAUGGCUGAUUAAAGGUGAGAAGAAGACGGUACAGGUUGUUGUUCCCAAGGUAACGGUUGUGGUUCCGCCGGUUCGGCCGCGGUUGAGUGUAGAUCCGGCGGUUUUGGAUGGCGGUGAGGCGGAGGAGAUGCUGUCGGCCCGGAGUAAGCGUGCGGCGGUGCAGAAGCAGGCUGCGGCGGCGUUGUUAGUGGCGGAGGAUUAUGCUCGGAGGUUUGAGUCCGGCGAGACGGUGAGCAACGCUAAUGAUGUUGGUGGAGAAGAGCAAGUUGUCUCUAAUGCCAAAAUAAUGUGCCGCCUUUGCUUCUCUGGAGAAAAUGAAAGAAGUGAGAAAGCAAGGAAGAUGCUAUCAUGCAAAAGCUGUACCAAGAAGUAUCACAGGAGCUGUUUGAAAGCUUGGGCUCAUGAUAGAGAUUUGUUUCACUGGAGCUCUUGGACAUGUCCUUCAUGCCGUGUAUGUGAGGUAUGCCGAAGAACUGGUGAUCCAAGCAAGCUCAUGUUUUGCAAACGAUGUGAUGGUGCAUAUCACUGUUACUGUCAGCACCCUCCACACAAGAAUGUGAGCAGAGGACCUUAUUUGUGCCCCAAGCAUACAAGUUGUCACAGCUGUGCAUCUACAGUCCCAGGGAAUGGUUCAAGUCUCAGGUGGUUUCUAGGGUAUACUUGCUGUGAUGCUUGUGGAAGAUUGUUUGUGAAGGGAAAUUAUUGCCCUGUUUGUCUAAAGGUGUAUAGAGACUCUGAAUCAACACCCAUGGUUUGUUGUGAUAUCUGUCAGCGGUGGGUGCAUUGUCAUUGUGACGGAAUUAGCGAUGAAAAAUAUUUGCAAUUUCAAGUUAAUAAUCAUCUGCAGUACAGAUGUGCCUCAUGCCGUGGAGAAUGUUACCAGGUUAGGGAUCUUGAAGAUGCUGUUCAAGAGCUGUGGAGGAGGAGAGACAAAGCCGACCAAGAUUUAAUUGCAAGCCUAAGGGCCGCUGCUGGAUUGCCAACUCAAGAAGAAAUAUUUGCAAUCACACCUUAUUCUGAUGACGAGGACGAUGGACCUCCAUUGAAGAAAGAGUACGGCCAUUCAAUAAAAUUUUCUCUUAAAGGGUUAGUUGACAAAUCACCCAAAAAGAAUAAGGAUCAUAUAAAGAAAUCUGCAAACAAGAAGUACACACGCGAAAAGGGGUUUCGCGCACCUACAUUUGGUAGAAUUGAACACAGUGAUGCUCAGUCUAUUGGAUCCAUCACAGGGGAUAACAAGGAUGAAGACGUGCAGUCCCGUAGAUAUGAAGAAGCUAGUUUGACCGACGGUGUGUGGCCUGUUGACCAGCCGGAGGCUAAGAAACUCAAACUUGUUAAUGUGGUUCCAGUGAAAACUGAUCAUAGAAGCUCAAGACACAAAAUGAAAAAUCACGGGCCGAAUCUGUUGGAUGAUACUGGAUUCAAAUCCAAUAAGACUAAGUUGGUUAUUCAUUUAGGUGGUAGAAAUAAAAAUGUAGUAAAUUCUCCUUCAAAGUCUCUCCCAGAUCAAGUGUUGACAACUUCCAACAGUGAAAAGGCGUCCAUGGGUGAUGGUCCACCGCGGGGUCCACAAAAGGAACUCAAGCCUUUAUUGAAACUGAAGUUUAAGAACCCGUAUGGCGAUGAUCGGAGUUCGUGGGCUUCUCCUGGGGAGGAUGAUAAGAGCUGUGUCAAGGGUCAGAGGUCUAAGAGAAAGAGACCGCCAGCACCAUCACCACCGCCUCCAGCUUCUAUGAAGGAAGAUAAAGAUACGAUCAUGGACGCAAAGUGGAUAAUUCAAAAGUUGGGAAAACAUGCAAUUGGAAAGAUUGUGGAAGUUCAUCAGCCAUCCAACAAUAGCUGGCACAAGGGAACGGUAACCGAAGUCUCUGAAGAUACGUCUAGUGCAUCAGUUACUUUAGAUGAUGGAAAGGCGAUGAAUGUGGAUCUUGGCAAACAAGGAAUUCGUUUUGUUUCUCAGAAGCAGAGAUACUGAGGGAGGUAACCAACCAACCUCUACUACUUGCUGUGAAUUUUUCUGUGAUUGUGUCGGGACAGGGAGCAAGUAUAACAGAUGUAGUUUGUUCAUUAUAUUUGGUUGUUGUCAGAUGCUUAGUACAGUCAGUAUUGUUAAUUUCACCAUUCACAUAUCUUUGUCCAAGUUUAUGUACUGCUAGCAUCCAUCAUAGGUAGGUAAAUUUACCUCA